AUGGCAGAAUACAGUGCGUUGGCAACGGACCUGCUUGCUAACAAAAGCAGUCCGACACAGCCAAAUGUUCUGUCCAACCAACCAAAACCGUUUGUUGAAACCAGCCAAUCAGAAACUGUACUUGAAGUCACUUUCAGCGUAAUCGCUGCCUUAGCUUUCGUGCUUAAUUUCAUGUUUUGUAUUGUGCUGUUGAAGAAACCUUCCCUGAUGCGAAAGCCACACAACUUCCUCCUAUUUAAUUUGGCCAUCACAGAUUUACUCACAGGUGAGAUAUCUUUCCUUUUGUCACUUGGUAGGGUCAUUAUCUAAAUGACGUAGGACUGCAAUGUAUGAAUUCCCAGGUGGUACGCUCUAGAUGUUGGGAGUGUUAUUUGCAGUUUAUGUGAGAAGACCGAUGAUGUUACUUAUAAUUAGGGGUGGGAACUUACUUUUUAGGUUAUGCGGAAGAUAGACCGUCUGCGUUAAUUAUUUUGAAGGGGUGAAGCCUCUUUUUUUAAAUUUGGUUAGCAGAACAUGGCAGGGGACGGUGGGAAAGGGCAAGCCAACAUUCGCCACAAUCUUAGCGGGCACUGCGCACACUCCACAUAUUGAGUUAAGAACUCACCUCGUCGACACAAAAGAUUUGCAGAGGUUUUCCCCAUUGCAAGUGUGCCUUUAAAAGUUCGCCCCCGCUACGACGCUUCGGCAAAGGACAAAUAUGAUCGGGAUAUAUUUAUUUUAGCAUAGUUUUCUGAUACUGAGUUGUUAUUUUCACUUAGUGGGGGGGGGGGGACGGGUCGUGGCAGAUGUACUCCGCUGACGACACCAGAACCUCUGGGAAACAAUCCCAGGUGAAAGUAGCGAGGACUCUCCUAUGCCUGCCGUCGUCGUUGUUGGCAAUUUGAACUUUUUUUGUCAUAUGAGUAGUAUUGUUUAUUCAUAUUUAUCAACGAAGGAUCCCCCAUAAUUGGCUAGGCUGUAAUGGUUUCCCUGACUGAUAAUAUCUUUUUGUGUAUAAUUAUUGUAUUUUAGUUAGGGAGGGUAAAUAAAUAAACAAAAAGAGGGCGAACUUGCAACGUGGCGAAACCUUUAGUUAUCGACACAACUCUAUGGGAGGAGUUAGUUAGAGCCGUAGAAUAUAUAGAUAACAACUACUUGCGACUACCUUGCGUGUUGCAAUACCAGGCACAGCUGACGAAAUGUCGUACUUCUCCCCACAGGACUUACCUUGAUUGUAACACCAGGCUACGUGAGCAGACAAUCCUUGAUUCCGAUUUCUCGUGGAAUUGGUGGACACAUGUUCUGCGCACUAUUGGCCAACAGAUAUCUCCUGUUUACAAUCGCCAAGGUAUCCAUUUUACUCGUCACAUGCCUUGCUAUGGAACGCUGGUGCUGUGUGCUGAGACCGGUAAAGUAUAUGAUACACUUCAGCCGAAGGCGCCGUAUCGUCUAUGUAGUGGGAUCAUGGAUACUGAGCUGCGCGCUACAAAUUCACAAAAUGUUUGAGAAAAGACUUGUCGGAAAUAAAUGCGAGACGAUCGAAGCUCCAUACGGUGAAACAGGUGCGCAGGCGUUAAUUGCAAUUUACGGCUUUGCAAACUUUAUAGUGCCGUGUGUUAUAACAUGGCUGACUUUUGCGCACAUUAAAUUUCGCUCACCGAACUCUCCUGGUGCUGGGCAGAAGAGCGACGGCAGACGAGUUCGACAGAAAACUGUACUGCAGCUAUGUGCACUGACAGCUGCAGUCUUCACUCUGAGUUGGCUACCGGCCCAAGUCAGUUACACUUUGACCCCCUUUGGAAUCACGGAUGUAACAAGUUCGCUACACAAAUGGUGGAAUGCAAUUGCGUUUCUCAAUUCGUGCGUAAAUCCUUUGAUAUACUGGUAUUAUCAUAAAGAAUACAGAAACGCAUUCUUUAAGCUCUUCUGUGGGUGUAAGGCACUGCAGUUUCAAGCUACUAAACCUCUGCAUUGUACCGAUUCUGGAAGUCACGAUUUGCCGUUAAAUCACAAAACAGGUGAAUCACCGCCAUUGCAAAUGGUACCGUCCCCUUACAUGGACGAGAAUCGAGUGUAG